AAAGAAGAACAUGAAAGGGUUAUAACAUUCGGAAGCGCCUUCUCAGUGUUACCUGAGAUACCCCAUAUGAAGAAAAAGAAAUUAUUAUACUUGCACAAAUUUGACACAUAGAGUUGCAUUGCCAUAAUUACCGUUUCAAUAAGUAUUACUGAGAGUGUACAUUCAUUAUCUUUUUUGAUUCUCUUUUAUUUUUUGGCAGCCAAAUGCUAAAUAUUUUGGAGUGGUAGAUCUUGUUUGUGACACCAUCUUUGUCGUCGACUUCUUGGUAAACUUCCGGAUCGCCUUCCUUCAACACGGUCUCCUGGUUAAAGACCCAUCAAAACUAAGCGCAAAUUAUCGCCAGCAUGUCAGGUUUCGAUUCGACGUGGUUGCCAUGGUACCGUGGGGCGUGGCUUACGAAAUAUGUAGAGAACUUCUUUUGCCUUUGCGACUAUUCAACAUCUCCCUACCUCAAAUAUCCAGAACAGUUCUGCGGCUUCCAAAACUCUUAAAAUGGCACUCACUGGACACUUUCUUCGCUAAAUGGGACAGCCGCACAAGCAACCCAAAUCGCCUACGUGCAUUCAAGCUAUCUAUGUAUCUAGCAAUCAGCAUACAUUGGAUCGGGUGCUUUUAUUACAUGCUGUCAGAGUUCGAAGGCUUUGGAGUGAAUGCUUGGGUUUAUCCACUGGAUACGAUGGAGGAAGAUUUUAUGAGCAAAUAUAUCAAGAUCAUGUAUUGGUCGACUGUAACGCUUACAACUAUUGGAGGAACCCCUAACCCAGUCACCAAUACGGAAUAUUCAUUUACGGGAAUGACGUUUCUAAUCGGCGUGUUCCUAUUUGCAGCUGUUGUUGGAAAUGUUGGUGACGUCAUCAGCAAUAUGAACGCAUCCAGACAAGAAUUUACCACAAAAAUGGAUGCAAUCAAGUUUUAUAUGAAUCAUCGUCGAGUACCUGAGCAUUUACAAGAUAGAGUCAAGAAAUGGUCAGAUUACGCCUGGAGCAGAACACAAGCCCUAGACGACCAGACGUUCCUCGACAUUCUCCCUCCCAGACUUCGGGCGGAGAUUGCUAUUCACGUACACCUCGAUACACUCAAGAAGGUGAAGAUAUUUGAGGACUGUGAACAAGGUCUAUUAUGUGAGCUGGUCCUAAAAUUACGAUCACAAAUAUUCUCACCUGGAGACUAUAUCUGCCGAAGAGGAGAGAUCGGAAGGGAGAUGUUUAUCAUCAACCACGGGCACGUUCAGGUGGUGGUGCAGGACCAAGAAACUCAAGAGUGCAUGGUGGUAGCUACCUUGUCGGAGGGAAACUACUUCGGGGAGAUCAGUCUGCUAAAACUCGAUGAGGGGCAGAACAGACGGACGGCUGAUGUGGUUUCACUCGGCUAUUCAGAGCUACUCUGUCUGUCCAAGAAAGACCUCAUGCAGGCUCUGGUGGAAUAUCCUGACGCAAAGAAGGUAUUAGAAAAACACGGCAGAGAUCGGAUGGAGAAAAACAAAGAGGCGGCAAGGAUGCAACGAAGGAAGUCUGAGGCUACCCUUCAGGUUCCCGACUCGGCAAGACUCCUUGAAGACGGUAAUAAGGAGGGUGAUGGGACCAGUGAUGGAACAGGUGGUGGUUCCAUGUCCAACCAUGCCAUUAAACAGACGACUGCAGUCACUGGUCUCCUUACUAGAAUGAUUGAUAAAACCAAAGAGACAAGUGAGCUGAGACAUAUCAUCAACGAGCUUCGCAAAUUUGAUAGUCUCGCGACGAAGCAAAAGGUCACAGAGCUUUCCAAACGGUGUGAUGAUUUAAAGACGCAGCUGGAGGAACGUGAUGGAGAACUGAAGCGCGCUCUUCGACGAAUCAGCGAACUGGAAAGUAGGGUGGCGGGAAAAUUACACCACGGGCAUUUCGGGCUUGUAAAUGGCAACCAUCAAAAGAGAAUGAACUUGGGUCGUUUGGCGCUUAGAAACUUAAGACAUCGUGGCAGUGUUGAAAGCAGUGACAAUGAUUCUUCCAGCGUUUGGGCAAGUUUUGAUGCCGAGGACAGUGGGCCGAGAAUCCUUAUCACUGUAUCAUCGGAAGAAAAGUCGGGAUCGUUAAAUAGCGGGAACGGGAGAACAAUGAACGGGAGAACGAGGACUAUAACCGUUCCCGGUAUUUGUCUGAACGGGGUCAUGCAACAAGAACCCUCCGAAUAUCAACUCAUCGGUUUCGUUGGUAACGGCAAUGGUUUCUAUGGUGAUGAUGGACUGGAAGAAGAAGAAGCAAGAAUUGGAAGAGAGUUACUAUCGGAGAAAAGUGAUUUCUCUUUGUCAUCUCGAAGUUAUCUCGAUUCAAGCAGGAUGUCAGCUGAUCUCACUGAUGCAUCGUGUUACAGUGAUAACUCUAUUGACAGUGACUACUGAAUAUUUCCAACGCUUCCCUUAUUACCAAAAAUUGCACAUAAUUGAAUAUUUCAUUUAUUGAGAUGUCACAGCAUUUGGACCACAAUUUGUAAAUACGGCUUUUGUUUCAGUUUUCUCAAAUGUACAUUUCCCAGAGAUGUCUCAGUACAGAAGCUUUUAUUUUGUAUUCUAUAACAAUUACUUUAAAUAGUGAUUCAUUUGCACUACUCAAAGAUGCAAACAUAAAUUAAAUAAGUAUAGAUAUCAUAACACAAAAAGGAAAAAUCUACAAUGUAUGUGAUCUUGUAUGUGACGGAUCAUGCAAGUAAAACAAAUAACGAUUCAUUGGAUAUGAAGUUGACAUAUUCAUGGUAUUUGUUAAUUCCAGCAAUUUUAGAGAAAAUAACACCGAGCUUUAUAAAGUGUUGCAUGUCGGAUUACAUGCAAUAAAUAUGCCGGACAACAUGAACAACAAUGUGACCAGUUUUAAUCUUCGAACAGUAAUCGUCUCCGAGCUGAUGUGCAAUGGUUACAAAUGUGAUAUAUUUAUCUAACUUGUCAAUUCCAGCAUUAAUUAUGAUAUAGUAUCAACAUAAUGAUCAAGAUAUACUUAUUUGUUCGAAAUAAGAAAAGUGAAAACUUAAAUUUAUAUAACAAAAUAUCUAUAACAAAUAAUCCUUUUUCGUUUCAAAUGGAAUAGCUUUGAUUUGUACAUUCUUCCGUCUGCCUUUUAUGACAUCAUAGAGUAUUUGAAAUAACGGAUUCAGCUUAAUUUUACCACAUGUUGUCAAUUUGUUGCAAAUUGAUUAAUAUACCACUUAUAUGGGGUUAUUUUAUUACAUUUCAUCAUUUCAUGGUUUAAAUUUUAAACCACCGUUUUCACCGCUCACCAUAUGAACAUAUUAGAGAGAGAAAGAGAGAGAAUUCUUAGUAAUUUUUUAAUUGCAUAUACAUUCAGCAUAUCGAUUUUUUUGUACCAAUUUUGUAUCCUCUAUUAAAACAUUCAUUUCAUGAAUUUGUUGAAUUUGUUGAAUUUGUCAAAUAGUCAAUGAACCAAAGAGUUAUUUGAAUAUUCAUGUAUCUAACAGUGUCUACUGGACUUGUAUCCUUUAUGAAAUAUAAAAGAGUGUCAUAUACAUCGAGCAUCAAAAGUUAAAAUUCAUAAAAAUGUUAAUCAAGUAUCAUAAUUGAUCGCGUUAGCGUAUACACAUUAGGGUCUCAUUUCGGAUAAUAAUCAAUUAGAUAUUAAUGCAUUUAAACAAAUUGAAAUUGGAUGGUUGAAUAUCGAGGUAUCAUUUAUAUUGAAUUUUCAUAUUUGGAAUGAAAAACCAAAAAUCUCUGUAUUUCGCUAAAUGGACAAGAGUGGAGCUUUGAUUCCUUGACUACUCAAAAACCUUUCUUUUUUAUUUAAUUUUCUGUCCUUCCGUCUUCUCGCCCUUGCUUUCUCUUUUUUGUAACUUUCCUGUACUUCCAAUUU